UCGGCGUCCGGAAUGGCGGUUGAAGACGACUGUAAACUGAAGUUCUUGGAGCUAAAGGCGAAGAGGAACUACCGCUUCAUCAUCUUCAGGAUCGAGGGCCAACAGGUGGUGGUGGAAAAGCUCGGCAGCCCGGAGGAAAGUUACGAAGACUUCACCGCCUCCCUCCCCGCCGACGAGUGCCGCUACGCCGUCUUCGACUUCGACUUCACCACGGACGAGAAUUGCCAGAAGAGCAAGAUCUUCUUCAUCGCCUGGUCUCCUGAUACCUCAAAGGUGAGGAUGAAGAUGGUGUAUGCGAGUUCCAAGGAUAGAUUCAAGAGGGAGCUUGACGGCAUACAGGUUGAGCUGCAGGCAACAGACCCCAGUGAAAUGAGCAUGGACAUUGUAAAAGCUCGAGCGAUGAUCUGAUCAAUUACCAAACCCAUUAUUAUAUAUUAAUUUAUUAUUUCUCUUCCCCUGUUAAUUAAUUCCUUGUCAAAUUUUACAUUUGUGGCCGCCCUUCCUUUUGUUAAUUUCCCUGCUAUUGUACUCAUCAAC